GAUGGAAUACGCCGUGUUUCUUCCGUAUGUGACAAAACACAGCCAGCGAUCCUCUACCUCUAUCCUCAAGGAGACAGGAAGUAUGGACUUGACAUGAAUAUGGAUGUGGUUGCAUUAUGUAGGCUGACUACAGCUGUGGAGAAGUGACCCCAUGUGAGGUUUUGGACUUGGAUCGUGUAGGUGGGGCAUAAACCCGGUAUAACAUAAUGGAUGUGCGCAAUCCUAAUCAUACCUCCUCCAUUUGGAUUUCCCUCACUUCUCUAUUUCAUGAGGAGAGCAAGUUGGCGGGGGGAAACACAGCUGGGGGGAGGAUGGGACUGGGAACAACUUUACACUUGUGACUAGCACAUCUCCAAGGGCGCCAAUGCUCCUUCCCAUCCAUCCAUUUUCUGUGGCGCUGGUGAGGAGUCACCAGUCGGCCACCGUGCCGCCGCUAACGCUCCUUCUCUUUGGUAAAGUUACAGGUGCAUUUCUAGAUCGUAUUCUUCAUUCUGGCCCCAAACCAGCAGCUAAUAAAGGUGGUAGCUCUGAAGUUCAUGCCAAAGAUGGGACGUUCAACUAAAGAGCUGCAAAGUUUAAAGAAGGAAAUUGAUAUAAUGAGUAACCUUCAACAUCCUAACAUUGUGAAACUUUUUGACAGCUUUGAAACUGAAACAGAGGUGGUGGUGGUGACCGAGUAUGCGGAGGGUCAAUUGUUUCAGAUCAUUGAAGCGGAUGGUAGUCUACCAGAAAGUCAGGUUUGUGAGAUUGCCUGCCAGCUCGUCUCAGCUCUGUAUUAUUUGCACUCCCGCCGUAUUCUUCAUCGAGACAUGAAACCGCAAAAUAUCCUCUUUGAUAAAAACGGUGUGGUGAAACUGUGUGACUUUGGGUUUGCAAGGGCAAUGAGCAUCUCCACCAUGGUGGUAACGUCUAUCAAGGGAACACCCCUGUAUAUGUCCCCUGAGCUAGUGGCAGAGAAGCCUUAUGACCACACUGCUGACCUCUGGGCGCUAGGCUGCAUUCUUUAUGAAAUCCAUACAGGGUUGCCCCCAUUCUGUGCCGAUUCCAUCUUCCACUUGGGGCAGCUCAUCGUGAGAGACCCCAUCCAAUGGCCGAAGACUAUGAGCAGCACAUGCACGAGUUUCCUGAAAGGUUUGUUAAUCAAAGACCCUCAGAAGCGACUGUCGUGGCCAGACCUCCUGCAUCAUCCUUUUGUUGCUGAUGGAGUUCAAGUGAUUCCAGACACAGAUGUUUUCAGUCCUCUGACAGCCACACUUGACCCAGACAUGCUGGCACUCAAACUGAAGCAAAUGGCAGAAAAGACAUCACCAGAUUACGGAGAGAGCAGAAUAUUUCGAAAGAUUCGGGAGCAAAGAAACAAAAGUCACGCAAAGAAACAGGGCGACAGUGCUAAAGAAAAGAAAGACGGACUGGAACCUGAAAGUGAUUGUGCAGCAGCAGUAACGCCCCUUAUAGAUACGAGCCCCCCUGUUGAUUUUGCUUCAGCUAAUUCAACUUUUUCAUCUUCAAGUCUGGAACGAAGCAACUAUUCUGUGGUUGCAUCAAGUCAUCUCCACAGGGGUCCGAUCAGUCAGGACUACGAACAAGAGUUCCCCUCAGUAGAGGUCGGGCCACGACUAGAACGAAGGACACCCAAAAGUUCUAUAACAGUCGACAGUGAGGAAUUCUGGGAGAAACUUGUUGAGGAGUCAGAUCCGAGCCGACAAAAACAAGAACAAUUCAACUACAGCAGUAUUAUGUCUAAACUGAAAUCCACCAUGUUUGUGUUCAAGCAGCAGCGAAGUGAUGGUGUCCUAAAAGACACAUGGCACAUUGGCCAGCCGCUGAAGGUCUUGCAGAAUCUGAUUCUAACCUCUGACCUCGCCAUGACGAACCACAUUGGCGUUGAACUUGGACUGCCGUGUCUCCUCAUUGACUUGAUUCACGACUCUUUGGAAAACUCACAUUUCAUUGAGCAGCCGUGGAGUCUGCAAACACUUGGAGAAAUGAUCGCUGCGCUGCUGAUCUACUGGGAGAAGAACCGUGACUCGUUGAGGGAAGAAAACAGAGCUGAAGAAUUCAUCAAGCCCUUCGUGACAAUUCUUAAUCAAGCAGACCUCAGAUCUUUAGCUCCUCUGGCUGCCUCCGUUUUGUCCCUCUUUGCUCGCAACAAGGUUGCUGUCAAUGUUGACAUGGACACGCUCAGCUCCUUGCUGAAAGAACGUGUAUCUGGUUCACAUCAGCUCCAGCUUCCACUCCCAUCAGGCUGGGGACUCUGUGACGGCCUCCUGUCUUUACUUCUGCACACUCUCUCUGAGCACGGCUGUGGAUUUUCAUGUUUGGAUCCACGUACAUUUCAUCAUCUUUGGAAAAGGACUGGAACCUCAUUAGCAUGGACAACGCCAAACAUGGACUUCUGUUCGACAAACGGACUUUAUUUUCUGAUGUCUGCCACACUGUUGGUCUUCUGCGAUGAUCCAUAUUCCUAUAUUUCACUCUUUUAUGAGAGCAAAUCAACAUUCAUAUACACUCUCGGCUGGGUGCUGAGCUCUGAAUGUCUUUCUUUGUUUGCUGAAGCUAAUCCAGUGAAAUUCGAAGUGAGUUUAAAACACGAGAGCUUUAUCCAGUUGAGCUGCCACUUCCUUUGCCUUCCGUUUGCUUUGGACAUAACUGCACACAAGGGUUCCAGGAUACUGCAGUUGUAUGACAGCUGUGGUGUUGUUAAAGGACUUGUGCAGGUUAUUCAAAGGCUUCCUGUUUCAUUAGUGGAGCUGCCACUCUCACUUGUCCGCCGCUUGUUGCUAUGUGACCGUCAGCGCGCUCUUUCCCGCCUCAUUAGCGCUGCUCAUGGCUUUUUCUCUGCACCGACACUCGCUCCAUUGGAUCAGCAGACAUCGACCAGAACCGCCAGUUCUUUGCUCUCGGAUUUGCUGCAGCUGGAUGAGCUCGGGGACUCUGCUGUAGAACUUCUCUCUCUGUUAUACCUCGUCACCUCUUUUUGCCCUAAUUCUGGUUGCCUCCAGCUUUACCUCGAAUCCUCUGUGUUGCACCAAGGGCUCGCUCACUCUUAUGACCCGAUCAAGGCUGCCACAUGCAAGGUUUUGGGAAAGUUGCAUCCAUUCAAGUCUCCUACACUGCCCAAUUUGCAUCCUAACAUACUCAAAAGCAUGAUAGACCUUCUUGAGGAUUCUAAUGUGCAUGUGCGGCAGGCGGCUUGCUUGUCAGUUGGGAAAUGGUUGGGUUAUAUUGCAGUGGAGGCAGGGUUUAGCACAAAAAGUCCCAAUGGAAAUGGAGGCAACACUACAGAGAGAUUAAAAGCGGAGGACAAUGAUGCACACGGGGGUUCAAGAAGGGAGACACACAUUGCCAUGGUGACAGGAGAGAAUGAAUUGCCUAGAGAGAUGAGACAGUGGCUUGAAGAAGCCAGGAUGGCGGCGGCGACACUGGCAUCAUUGACCUCUGACCCUGAUGCCCACACUCGUCUCCAUGCCUGUGCGGCUCUGGGAAACCUGCUACAUGUUGAAGGUGCCGUACCGGAGCUGCUGGAUGAGAGUGUGUCCAGAUUAGUUCUGAGAGCCGCGUGCACAGAUUCCCACAAGGCAGUGAGAGAAGCCGCCAUUGCAACGUUAAACUUGUACACUCGGCAAGACUCAAUGCUACAGGAUCUGCAAUCCCUAAAUGCUGAAAAGAAACUUCAGGCGUCAGAGUAUGUACCUUCGGAAUGUGAAUCUUCCCCUCAUCAGACAACUGAAAGGCAAUUGAGAGAACUACUGUAGAAAGAAUUGAUGUUUAUAUGGAUUAUUUGUUAAUGGCUUUCUGUUAAAUCUUACCCAAAUUGCAUUGUAAAGAUGUGUGCAAAUAAAACAUGACAUUUGA